UCAAUAUUUUUGGAUUUCGUUCACAUUGUGCAAUAUAUUCUUGUUAAUUUCUUACACUAAACGUGUAAAUUUAUGUCUUAAAACCAAAUCUUUAUUCUCAAUAAGCUUUCCAAAAAGUGUCAGUGCCAAAUUUUCAGUGAAAAAUACAAAAAUGAGGCUAAUUGACUCGACAAAGUUGUUGGAACUUCAAAACAAACCCACAAAAAUUCGCAAUAUUUGCAUCGUGGCCCACGUGGAUCAUGGGAAAACUACUUUGGCAGACUCUUUGAUAUCCAGCAAUGGUAUCAUAUCGCAGCGAAUGUCCGGCAAGCUUCGAUACAUGGACAGCAGGCCAGAUGAACAGGAGAGGGGUAUAACCAUGAAAAGCAGCAGUAUUGCCUUGUAUCAUGCCCUGGAUAAAGAGGAGUACCUUGUAAACUUAAUAGACUCUCCGGGGCAUAUUGACUUCUCAAGUGAAGUGUCUACUGCAGUCAGAUUGUGUGAUGGAGCUAUAGUUGUUGUGGAUGUUGUAGAAGGUGUAUGCCCUCAGACAAGGCUUGCAUUAAAGCAGGCAUAUUCUGAGAAUAUCCGUGCAGUUUUAGUGCUCAACAAAAUCGACCGUCUCAUUGUGGAGAUGAAGAUGACUGCACUUGACGCCUAUGUGCACAUAACCCAAGUGAUGGAACAGGUGAACGCUGUAAUGGGAGAGCUGUUUGCGUCCAACGUUUUGGAGAAUGAGGAAACAUUGAUUGACAAACAGCCGGAAAUGCAUGGACCUAAGGAAGAAAAUAACAUAUAUGACUGGACCUCUGCGCUUGAAGAUGCUGACGACUCUCAGUUGUAUUUUUCCCCAGAACAGGGCAAUGUUGUAUUUGCUAGUGCUAUUGAUGGAUGGGGUUUUACUAUACAUACAUUCGCUAAGCUUUUUUCGGACAAACUAGGUGUGAAAGAAGAAUUAUUGAGGAAAGUCCUUUGGGGAGACUUUUAUUUAAAUUCAAAAUCUAAACGGUUCAUGAAAGGUGCACAGGAGAAAGCGAAAAAACCACUCUUUGUCCAAGUCAUAUUUGACAACCUCUGGAAUAUUUAUGAAACAAUUAUUUUAAGAAAUGAUAAAGAAAAAGUGCCUGUUAUUUGUGAGAAGCUUGGCAUUAAACUAACUACUCGAGAUUUGAGGCACACAGACACCAGAAUACAGUUGCAAUCACUGAUGAUGCAAUGGCUGCCAUUGUCAAAUACAGUAUUAGAUAUGGUUUGUUGUAAACUACCAUCACCAAAAGAAAUUUUGCCUGACAAAGUAGAAAAACUUAUGUGCUCACGCAUUCGAGAUUUCGAAUCUUAUCACGAAGAGACCAGGAAACUGAAAGAUGCCUUCAUAGCCUGCGAUAGCAGUAACGACAGACCUGUGAUUGUUUUUAUAUCUAAAAUGUUUAGUGUAGAUAAAAGCAUUCUGCCUGAAAAUAAACCCAAGGCAUUAACGCCUGAAGAAAUGGCUCUUAGGAGAGAAAAGGCCAGGCAGAUGCGUGAGGAACUUAAAAAUAAUGUUAACUCUGAAACAGUUCCUAUAAAAAUGGAAAAAGAAUCUGAGCCAGAUUUGAAUAAACCAGAAAAAUGUGCUGUAGAUGAAAAGGAGAAGGAAGAUGAAAACCCAACUGCAUUUAUAGCUUUUGCUAGAAUAUUUAGUGGUAGAGUUAAGAAAGGUGACAAACUUUAUGUCCUUGGCCCAAAACAUGAUCCCUCCCAAGUACUUAGUAAAAAAGACUUUCAAAUAGAUCCUAAUAAGAAAUUGAAAGACUUGCAUAGUGACGAACACAUCACAUGCACUGAAAUCAAAUCUCUGUAUAUAUUAAUGGGUAGAGAAUUAGAAGAUAUUGAAGAGGCGGUUGCUGGUAAUAUUAUAGGUAUUGGUGGUUUAGAAGAUCACAUACUUAAAACUGCUACUUUAAGUAGCACUAUAGCAUGCCCAGCGUUUAGCGAAAUACAGUAUGCUGCUGUGCCAAUCUUAAGGGUUGCUGUGGAACCCACAUAUCCGUCACAACUACCUCAAUUGGUCAAAGGUCUCCGACUGCUAAAUCAAUCAGAUUCUUGUGUGCAAGUAUUAUUGCAAGAGACAGGGGAGCACGUUUUAGUAACAGCUGGCGAAGUGCAUUUACAAAGGUGUCUCGAAGACCUUAAGAAUUUAUAUGCAAAAAUACCAAUAACAGCAUCAGAACCUAUAGUGCCAUUCAGAGAAACUAUAGUGGAACCACCAAAAGUAGAUAUGGCGAAUGAAGAAAUUGACUCACAAAACAUCGAUAAAACAACUGAAACUGAAAAAGAUCCGUUGAUAACGAUAUACACUAAUAACAAACAAAGCAAAAUAAAAAUAAGAGCUAGACCUUUACCAAACGAAAUAACCUUAUUACUAGACAAGUCAACUGAUCUUUUAAAAGCAAUAUCGCAGCAUAUAAAAAUAUUACAAGGAAUGUCCAAAAACGAUAAAUUAGAAAGUAAACUAGAGGAAAUGCACAUAAAUGGAAAACAUGGACUUUCUGAUAGCUUUUCGAACAAUGUGCCCCGUCGCCAAAUGCCACUUCAGUUUCGCGACUCGUUGAGCUAUGUCGACUGUCGUCGUAUGUCUAUAAAAUAUUUAACUUAUGUAAACACAAAUUUGUGCAUUUGUGCGCUCAGUAGCGUAGUUAAAUUCGGUUCACUUUUUGCGGUGAUUUUAUCGGCACGUGCAAUGAUGUUAAAUACUGUUAGAUGUGUUACUAGCGCAUGAAAAAUGAGGCGCUCAAAAGAGGAAAUUUAUACACAACUCAAUGUUAGUUGUGGUCAACAACGAAUGUUAUUCAAACAUGUUGGGACGUAACCGAUCUAUAGUAUAAAAUUAUCAUUGGGCACGUAACUUAUGUUAUAGUGGAAAAUCUUUGUUUUAUACGACCUCGCUGGCGC